CACUCACUUCAGAUAUUGUGAGCUUACUGUAAAUGAUUCACAUUGAGAUACUUGGAUGCCUCAUUACUUUAUGAUCUGAAUCUUCCGAUGGAGAUAUGGGCAUGAAUCGAGCUGAAUCUCAGAUUGAAAUCCCAUACAGUCACUAUUCAUCCUCAUACUUUGCAGGUUUGAAGAAUAUGGGAAUGGUGCAAAUUACUCCACUAAAUAACUAGUACACGGGUAAAGGUCCUCCCAUUGAACAGACGUUGCCAUGUAGUCUUGAAGAUCUCUACAAGGGUACCACUGAGAAAAUGAACAUUUCUAAAGAAAUUUUCAAUGUUAGUGGAUAUGGGAGCGUGUGCUGAGUGCCAACAGAAUUGUGCAUUUCUUCAUUGUCAACACUACCCGGGUCCAGCGGUCACAUAUUUCUUCAAAAUCAUGAUCUCCGAUGAGUUCAUGCACACUCUGUAUCUGCCUCCUCAAUUUGCUAAAGCCACAUCCCAUUUGGCUGAUCAAGAAAUCUACCUUGAGGACUCUGUAGGGAUCAAAUCAAAAGGUAAGGUUUCAAAGUGGGAGAAUACACUGGCUAUUCAACAGGAAUGGCACCAAUUCUCAUUGAGCCAUAACAUUGAAGGCUCUUCUUGCACCAAGAAAAGAUUAUCAAACAAAUAGAUUGAUCACGGGAGUCUUGUAAUUUGCUGAUGGAACUCAUUUGACCAUUGAUGAGACACAACUUCAAGGUGGAAACCUUAACUCAACGGGGGUUGAGAAUACCGAGAUACUUGCUCGAUAUGCAAAAGGUUCACAUGAUGAUUUUUUUGUCUUACUUUUUUUGUUGUAUUUCUUACUAGAUUCUGCAUCACCGUUUAUUAAGGGUCUUCAUGAAUAGGGAAAAUGAAAGGAAAAGAAAGUUUAUGUUAGAAUUGAAGGAGAUUGAAUUUGAGAUACAUUUAAGAAAACAGUUGUUCAAAU